AGGACUCCAAGGAAAACAUUUCCAAGAAAUCUUCACAGAGGUUUUCCCGUAUCACUUCAGUCCUCCAAAUGGAGGAAGAUAUCAAAGAACUCACCAAGAGAUGGGUGUCACCAGAGGACCAACAAGUAUUAGGGUCUCUCGAAGACCCCGAUUUAGUGGGAGGUAUAAUGCGUUGCUGGACUGUGGCUUUACUCCAUUUCUUACAAUUUUAUCAAAGGAGUAACCAGAAGAUGGAGUUCCACCAGAAAAGGAUUGUCGAACUGGAGAAAGAAAACACAGCCCUCUUCGGCAAGAUUGAGGAGUACAGGGAGCAAAUUGAGGCAUGGAAACAUAAGGCUCAAACUUCUGCAAUCGAGGCUGUGAGUGCUUUCAAAAAGUCCCAUGAGUAUGCCCAAGCCAUGGAAGACGCAGGGAGGGCCCGGAUGAAAGACAUUGCACAUGAGUGGCUGAAGGCUGAAGAGGGCCGGGAGAAGAGCUCUGGACAAACUCCCCCUUCCACUCAAAACUGAUACGGAGUAUGAUAUUGUCUUACAACUAACCGGAAUAGAACUACUCCUUAUUAGUUUUAGUUUUGACAGUUGGGUAAAUGCACUUGUGGCUCAUGCGAUUAACUUUGAUCAAAAGUUGAUUUUUGAUUUUUGAAACAUGAUCUUGCCACAUAUGCAUUUUAUAAGACUAGUAUUUUUGUACAUUUAAUUCUUUUUGUACAUAUAGCAUGGUCUCUUAAAGGCUAGCCUUUUUUGUACACAUGGCUUUGUUCUUUUUUUUUUGAU